UGUUUCUGUGUGUGUGUGUGUGUUUCCUGUGUGUAGAGAGAGAUGAAACAUAAACAGGGAUUUGUGGGAGGGUCAAAGUGCAAAGGUCUUACUGAGCGUGUGCAGCAGUGGGAGUGAACGACCUUUAACCCCAACGAGAGCGAGCAAGAGGAUGUGAUGAGAAACGACGUUGAGGAAACGUUAGCUGAGCUAAAGGGAAAGUGUGUGUGUUCUUCAACACACUGUGUGUGUGUGUGUGUGUGAGUGGGGGGCGGUUACCAUGGUUUCCCUCACACGGAUGACGCUGCUUCGCCUCCUGCUGCUGGCGGCCAUGUUGGCUCUGCUCCUCUUCAUCAGCUCCUUGUGGCUCCCUCAGACUGGACUCACAGACUGUGGCGACUCCUGGCAGCCAUGUUUGACCUUUUUCCGCCGAAAGCCCGAGCCACCGUUAUUCCCCGUGGAGGCGGAGCCUCCCGAAGCCCCGCCCCUCAUGGAGGAGUGUCCCGGCCAAUCGUUUCAAGCCCGGCAUCUGCUGGCGUAUUUAAAGUCCAGCAUGGCCAACGCCGAUGACGUCAUGCUGGAGCCGUACCUACAGAGCUGGGACCAGCUCCUCAACUUCAUGGAGUCUCUCGGGACGAUGGUCACUUUCUUUUCUGACAAAGUGAAGGAGAAGGUCGUUCUGAUUCGAGAGCUGUCACUCAAACGCGACCUGGAGGCUCAUGGGAAACGUGGUCCGGAUGACAACUCUGGGCCUCAAAGGGAGGCGCUUCGGUCCAUUCGAUCGAUGGUGGAGGCGGAGCUAAAAGAGGGCGUGGUGGACUUCUCCAGGCGUACGGAAUCAGGCUGCAGGACUCUGCUGCGGCUUCAUCGCUCUCUGCUGUGGUUGAAGCUCAUGUUGGAGGGUUUGGCUGAAGGACCAGACAGCGAUGGACAAUACAGAACACCUGGAGAGCUGAGCAGGGCGGCCUACAUGGUGGCGUUGGCGCCGCACCACCCCUGGUUCCUCCGUCAGGCUGCAGAGUUCGUCUUCCUCGCCCUCCCGGACCGGCGUUUUUUCCUGCGGCUGGUUUGCGCACGCAGCCAGCGGGAGGCCACGCCCCUUCUGCUCGCCGUCAUCCACGCCCUGGAGCUCGUGCACUCACGAACGCAGCGAAUCCUGGCUGAACACGGCAUGCUGGAGCUUCCCUGAACGCAGCACGGAGACCUUUUCAUCCCCGUUUCAGUGACACAUGAAGCGUUUUUAUUAUUCGUCAUUUUGGUUCUUAGAUGAGGAAAAAUUCAAAUGUUACAAAAUAAAGGUUUUAUAAAGCAGGUUUGCAUCCACAUGAUUCAAUCUGGAACCAAACAGACGUUAUUUAAUCGUUCUGAUAAAAACUAUUUAGUAAGUAAAUAAAGUUGUCAGAUAAAAGUAGCGGAAGAAAAGUAGAAGUUAAGAAAACAAAGUUCCUCAGAAA